ACGUCUGCCCUGUGGGAUGGGUCUAUAAGAGAUGUAGUGGGGAUGGUGGAGGUCAUGGAUACGGACGCGGAAAGACGUACCUUGGACUCCCAGCGCCGGUAUUGCGAUUUGAUCAGUGAAUCGUAUAUCAUCCAUGGCCUCCGCGCAAGUGAAUGUGUCUCCCCCAGAAAAUGAACUGAAAGAUGUUCUCACCGCGCUCAGAACAGAAAAUCCGACCCUGGGUGUCCCCAAACUACACGCACUUCUGCUGGCCGCCCAUCCUGAAUGGGCGGUAAGCGAGAAGAGAACGAGGAAAAUACUUCAAAGCCAAGGGCUGAUUUUGAACGCGCAGGCAGGACAACAACUUGGCGAUGCAAAAGUUGAAAGGGUGCCAUACCCAAAAUCGAAGUUGAUUGAGGGUUUAGACGUAUCAAAGUUCACCACCAAAAUCGAGGUGAAAUACUUUGGGAAACCAAAAGGCAAGGGGCUGGUUGCCGUAGAAAAACUGUCCGAAGGCGACACAAUAUGGAAAGAAGAUCAUUUCAUACUCGCUCCAGAAUGGGAUAUUUAUGAUUUGCAAAUGUCCUCGUUGUCAUGCAUGCACUGCUCGACGCCGUUGAGCGGCUCCUCAUUGGUGACCAGUUGCUCUGGUUCGUCGUCAUUUCCGUCCUGCCCAGCAAAGUUCUGCAGUCGACUUUGUUUGACACGAUCCGCCCGUACCCAUCCUCUUCUCUGUCGAGCGCGAAACCCUGCGUCUUUUCCACUACUCGACUUCGCUAGAAAAAAUGAAUGGAUGACAUUGCACGCACUUGCACAGUGUGCAGCGCGACUGUUGCUCGAUUCUCAGCAAGAUGAAGCGGCGUUUGAGGCGGAAUUGGAUAUUAUCCGCUCAUUCGCACAGCUCGGCAUGGAGGAACGCGCAAAGCAUGCGUCGCUUCCGGGGUCUGAGCCCGACAGGGCCACCUGGAGAAAGGCAUUUCAGCUUUUUGUACAGGCAUUUCGUGAGCCAACAAAUGAUACGAAUAGGAAGAAACUGUCAAAGCUGUUGAAGAGACCGGUACCGAAGGAAGCCCUUGAGGACUUUUUCGAGUACGAUGCGUUCCUUUGGGGCCUUGGUCGCAUGAAUCUUAAUCUGGAAGCUCACGGCGGCCUGUACGUUUUGCAUUCUCACCUUAAUCACUCGUGUUCGCCCAAUGUGUCUGUGCGGCAUCUCGAUCAACGAACCGCAUUGUCAAAAAUUACGCUGAUUGCCAGGCGAGAUAUUCAACCGGGUGAGGAAUUAUUCAUCACCUACGUUAAUCCCGUUCUUUCACUGCAAGAACGCCGCAGUCAAUUAUUGGAGUGGGGUUUUGGGGUAUGCAAUUGUGAGCGCUGUAGCAUGGAGGAACAAGACCCUUCUUUGGCAAGACCCGAUAAAGCGGAACUGGAUGACUUGGAGAAGGAACUGAAGGCCGGCCUUGGAGUCAUGUAAUGUGUCCUUAGGCUUCUUUUCCGGUACGGUAGCAUAUUCGGCCAUUCACCCGUGUCCAUUGCUACUGCUUGGCUGAUUCAUACUCGUAGCGGAUUAUGACAAGCGUGGAUGCUCUCCCGAAUUGUCGGGUAUCGGACAUGAGUGGAUACUGCAGCGUGCAUACUUCACCAUCGUAAACCUGUAGUCAUUAUUCACGCAGUACCUCCACGAGUCUAUCAACUAUUUCCAAGAAGAACGAACAGGCUCUAUACCAUCUGUCAUGCCCGCCGAACCCUUUUUCGCCCUUAGGGUAUCUACAAGUAUCACAGCAUGCCUCAUGUGCGACUAGUGGCGGUCAACGUUUGCAAACGGUAGGCGUGCGGCUACGCGCUCGACAUCACGACAGGUCAGACUAUACCGCAAUCCUCUUCUUAAUCUCCCAUUAUUCAGCACCGCCUCUUUAUACUUGAUGUUCGAGAGAAUAUCGAUAUUUGCAAUAUUGAUUCUCGAAGGAGGGUCCUCAGCGGCGGCCGUCGAGACGAAGACGUCAUCCUCUACGUGGUCAAUACCAUGCAAAUGUGACGUGUAGAGUGAAGACUUGGUGAUGACGAGACUACGCGGCUCAAGCAGCAAGGAAAGGGCGGGCACUUUAUCGAUCGAUCGUCCUUUCCCUGUUAUGGGACUUUCUAGGCCACUCUGUUCCCUGUAACGAUAAUAAUGGAAGACAGCAUGCGAUCCGAGCGACAGGGUGGCGACAACAGGGUGAUACGCAGGGCCGUCUUCAUGUGGCUGAAGCGGAAAUGUCAAGCGAGAGAAGAUUGUGGCGCAGAUAGCCUACCAUGAUCCCUUGACCUGGAUAAUACUGGAUCAAAAUUGACAAUUUAGAAUCAGUCGCUGCCGGCAAUACAAGCACGUACCUCGUUUAGAAUAAUGUGGUUAGGCUGUCCGUGUGCCGAUGACUGGAACGCGCCCAUUGUGCGGAUGCGGCCUAUAACAUCGGGGCUGGACCGAUUUUAAAGAUCGCAUGUGGGCAGGAUCGAGGCCGAUGACAACGCACUAUAUGUUCAUGAAGGGCGGUAACGACUGUGGUAUGAGAAGGCCCUUGACAGUGAGCUCACCGCCUGUAUAUCAGACGAUGGUGAACCUUAAAUAAAUGAAGUAUUAAGUCUC